UACGGUUCGAGCCUGCUCUUUGGAGGCAGAUUCUCUCUUUCAUUACUUUCCCCCCUGAUCCGCAGUGUUUGUUGAGCGUCUGCCCGACUGGACCUGCUUCAUCAUGGCCGUCUGAAUUCAGAUCUGAAUCCCAGUCUGAUCCCCUUUUCUUAAUCAUCAACCUCGAUCGCUCUGGGUAUCAUUUCUUUGGGAUUUUACUUCAUUUGUGCCAAUGUUCAAACAUGCAGCCUCCGCCAAGAAAGGUAAAAGUGACACAGGAAUUGAAGAACACGCAUACGGAGCAGCUCGGCCGCCUGCACCUUAAACACCAGACAGAAUGUGAUUUAUUGGAAGAUAUGAGAACUUACAGCCAGAAGAAGGGCACUCUGGAGAGAGAUUACGCGCAGGCACUGCAGAAGUUGGCAAGUCAAUAUUUAAAGAGGGACUGGCCUGGGAUCAAACCAGAUGAUCAGAGGACAGACUACAGGAAUGUGUAUGGAGUGUGGAGAGCUUAUCUUGAAGGCACCGUGCAGGUGACCCAGUCUCGUCUCAACGUCUGCGAGAACUACAAGAACGAGAUUUCGGACCCCGCCAAAACCGUACGGCUCUACAAAGAACAGCAGCUGAAAAAGUGCAUUGAGCAGCUGGGUCGGAUCCAGGCGGAGCUCCAGGAUUCAGUGAAGGAUCUGGCUAAGUCCAAAAAGAAAUACUUUGAGUUGGAGCAGAUGGCCCAGGCUGUGCGGGAAAAGGCUGACAUUGAGUCCAAGUCAAAGCUGGGCCUGUUCCAAUCCAGGAUAAGUUUACAGAAGGCCAGCGUAAAGUUGAAAGCAAAGAGGAGCGAUUGUAACUCCAAAGCGACCCAUGCGAGGAACGAAUAUCUUCUCACACUGGCGGCGGCUAACGCACACCACGACCGCUACUACCAGACCGACCUGGUCAACUGCAUCAAGGGUCUGGAGGGGAACGUAUACGACCAUGUGAAGGAUUAUCUGAUAUCCUUUUGUCGGACCGAGUUGGAAGCGUUUCAAGCCAUCCACAGCACCUUCCAGUUCCUCCUGGAGAAGUCCAGUCGAGUGAUGCAGGACUUCAACCAGCAGCUGUUCCUGCAGGAGAACCCCGUGUUUCACAAAGCACAAGACUUCCAGUUCCAGCCCAGCGACAGCGAUACAAGUCGACAGCUGGAAUCGGAGACGGGAACCACCGAAGAACACAGUCUCAACAAAGAGGCGAGGAAAUGGGCCACACGUGUGGCCCGCGAACACAAAAACAUCAUCCAUUACAAACGGGCUCUAGAGGAAUGUGAGACACUCGGGACUCCGCCCACGGAACAAAGCCGGAUCGAGCUGGAAUUCCGAAUAGAGGAGGCCAAGGAGAACAUCCGCAAAGCAGAGACGAUAAAGCUUAAAGCAGAGGCGCGUUUGGACCUUCUGCGGCAGGUGGGCGUUUCUGUGGACACGUGGUUGAAGAGCGCCAUGAACCAGGUGAUGGAAGAGCUGGAGAAUGAGCGCUGGGCGACGCUACCCACCCUCACUACCCAUGAUCUUUCUAUCUCGACCACAGUGGAUUUGGACAGAGAGGAAGGAGAAGAAUUAGAAGAGAACAUGGAGACGUACGACGACAGCAGCUCAAGUCCUUCAGGAACCCUGAGGAACUACCCGCUCACCUGCAAGGUGCUCUACUCGUACAAGGCCUCUCAACCCGAUGAACUAACGAUCGAUGAGCAUGAGAUGUUGGAGGUUAUAGAAGACGGGGACAUGGAGGACUGGGUGAAGGCGCGAAAUAAGUCCGGCCAUGUGGGCUAUGUUCCAGAGAAGUACCUGCAGUUCCCCACGUCCAACAGCGUGCUAAGCAUGCUCCAGUCCCUCGCUGCUCUGGACGCACGUUCACACUCCUCCAGCAACUCCACCGAGCCUGAGCUGGCAUCAGGCAGCUUCAACGGAGACAGCAGCAUGAGUUUUGUGAAGGCCAUGUAUGACUACGAGGGUCAGACGGAUGACGAGUUGUCAUUCCCAGAGGGAGCCAUCAUCCGCAUCCUCAACAAGGACAACCAGGAGGACGACGGCUUCUGGGAGGGAGAGUUUAACGGUCGAGUGGGCGUCUUUCCGUCCGUGCUGGUGGAGGACCUGACAGCCUCAGAAAACGGAGACACUCACUGGGGAACAGACACACAGGUGUCCCCGUGCCAAAGGCUUCAUUCAUCACUUCCUCCUCUGCCGCUGUACGACCAGCCGCCCUGCAGUCCGUACACGAGCCCGGAGACCAGCAGUGCUCCCUCACUGCCCCGCUCACCGUCUGUCAACGGGGAACACAAACUGCCCAUCCUGCAGAAAGCCGCUGUCCAUAAUCACAAUUCCAGCUUAAGUCCAGAGAGCCCAGGCUUCUCUCAGCCGUUGAGACUCACUCCAGAUGGAUCCGGACCUGGAAAACUCAGACCUGUUCGGGCGGCACCACCUCCUCCAAAGCAGCACGCUCGCAGAAGGUGGAGAAAACCGAAGAAGUGGAGAUCACGCUGGUGUAGAGCGCCGCCCUAGUGGACUGACAACAAACCCCAUCUGACCUCUGACCACUCCCACUCCUUAUGGAAGGGGCGGGGUGUGCGUUAACCUGCCCUAUGAGCAUCCUUAAACCCCGAGUGGGCGGAGAACAGCGUCUCAAAGACACCGCCACUCUUUUUCAGAAAAACAAACACCUCUUUUGGCGUCACGGACUGUUUGGUGCCUUAAACGCUUUCAUGCCAAACUCUAAUCCUUGUAUUCGUAAUUACUUUAUUGUGCAACGGGAACUUGUUUAAAACUUGGUUUAUCCACUCAAUGCCAGUAAAUGAUUAGGUUUGCAUCUAAAAACACAGAAAGGAAUCAAAUACAGGGGUUUAGCAGGUGCUAAAAGAGGCUUCACUUGCACAUCCAUCUCUUCAGCGGGCUUUUGAAGAGCCGAACAUGCAAUACAAGGAAUUAUUGGAGGAUACAGGAGGCCUGCGUUGUCGUGCAAAAGGGGUCAGCCACGAAUAGUCCUACUAUUUACGCAUUUCAUAUGUAAUAGCACAGUACAUUACUGUCAUCAUAGGAAUGUUAUAUUCACGUUAAACAUCACAGAUCAUAUGGACUUCAAGGAGAAAGGGAACUGUACAUAAAAGGCUACAAGGAAAAAAAUGCGGAAGAGGAGAAUGAGAAGGACGAGGGUUAAAAAGAGAGGAAGGCUGGUUACUUUGCUCUUUUUCCCCCCAUCGGUUUAGCUUGCUCUUCUGUCUUGUGUUGAUCUGAAAAAGUACUAACUACAUAGCUAUAUCCUUUUUUCUCGACUUUUCAUUAUGAAGACCAGUGUUUGUAUGUAUUACUAAUAUUUAGUCCUCAAAAAUAUGCGCAAGACCGAUCUAAAGAUGUCGUGGUGUCUCUGAGCGUGUUUCUGCAACGUUCGCCUCCGCAUUACCGGUUCGGGCGGAACGUAAUCAUGGAAAUAUACAGAUCAAUAUACAAGUAUCAGUUAAAGUGCUUUUCCAGCCUAACGCAUUUCUUAUUCUCAUGCCGUCGGCACUGUAGAGUUCCGGACGGGAUGUGUUUUGUUUUUCUUUUAUCGAGUGUCAUGGCAGUAUUUGAGAUUGUGAUGAAUUUUCUUCAGAUGUGAUGGGACAGAUUCCCUCCAACAAGCACAGAAAAGGUGGACGGAAAGAUGGAUAAUCAUGGAGAUGUUUUGUUUUAAUUACUGCCGAUGAAAGCAAACCUAUUACAGUGUCCUAAGUGCAUUUCCUCCGUACAAGGGGCAGCUAUGGGUUUUAUUUUAUUUUUAUUUGCAGUUGAAGAAACAUUUCAUCUUAAAUGAGGAAUGCCUGUUAUUUAGAUUAAUCAUCAUCGUUUAUUAUUUCACAGUAUCUUCAUGCAUAUCUUGAUGUGUCCCAGCACUUUUCUGGAAUUUCAGUGCUUUGACCCCUUAAUUUUAUCAUCUUUUUUAAAUGUCUUUGCGUCCCAGCUGCCUCUUUUCGAUGAUAAAGCUGCCCAGCGUCGUGUUAUUGAUCUCGUGAGAGUGACUGAUUGUAGUUUUCCCAUAAUGUUUGAAAGAGAACAGAGUUAUUAUGUUGAUUCCAUAAAUUAUAAACAGUGGAAAGAAAUAAAAAAAAAAGAUCCAUUUUGUGAAAUGGUACCAUAGUUCUGUUAAGCAAGAACAGGGUCGUAACGAAAAGAACGUGUGUGAGAGUGAGAAGUGGGAGGAAACAAAAAAACGUUUGUUUAGUAGCCUUUUUUUAUCAGAGAGGAAGAUGUUUGAGUAUCUUCCCUUUGUUUCUAUUUUCCUCUGUCACAACCUAUUUUCUUGUUGAUCUCGUUGAGAUCUUUUGAAUGUUAUCAAACUUGUUUUGAAGUUUAUGGUUAGAGGUUAAAGCCCAUUGUGUCAAAAACCGUUCUCACCUAUGAAAUGAACGCAAAAAUUUUGAUAUUUUAAUUUCCAUUUUUUAAAUUGCGCUCCCAGUUCUCUUGGCCAGAUUCAACUCUUUGGAGCUUCUUCAAUAGCAUUAGCUGAAUAUUCUAGUUGUUUUUAUUUCUAAAGUGAUUUUAUUUGCAUUUAUUCAAAUUUGAAGGUGAUUCCGAGCUGCUAAACAAACAAAAAAACAGAUGGAAUAACAACAAUUGACUGUUGCUGCAGUGACAAUAUCAGAGAACAGGUGAAAAAUAUUCUUUCUGCAUAUUAGCUGUAAAAUUAUUUGUAUUUAUUGUGUACAAAUGUUAAAUAAAAAAUUGGGGAAAGUG